AUGCCAGGCCUUUCUACACCACUACCACUGCAGCCACAGCACGCCAAGGCAACUGGCUGGCUGCUCUACCGCGAUGUGCUCAGGAGUCCAAAGUACGUCGUCGCGCCCAUGGUCGAUCAGAGUGAGCUGGCAUGGAGAGUGCUUUCGAGAAGAUAUGGAGCCCAGCUCAUAUAUACGCCCAUGAUCAACGCUAAGAUCUUCAUGGCACCAUCAAAAGCCUCCCACCGCGACGCCUUCUUUGACAUACCCUCCGGAGAAGAAGGCUCACCAUCUCUUGACCGCCCCCUUGUCGUCCAGUUCUGUGGAAAUGACCCGGAAACGCUGCUUCAAGCUGCGAAAGUGGUCGAGGACCACUGCGACGCUAUCGAUAUCAACUUAGGGUGUCCUCAGGACAUCGCGAAACGCGGAAAGUACGGGUCGUUCUUGAUGGAGGACUGGGACUUGAUAUACAAACUUGUCAAUAUUCUUCAUGUCAACCUGAAGAUUCCCGUUACCGCCAAAUUCCGUGUUUUUCCUACAGUGGAGAAGACCGUCGCGUACGCGAAGAUGCUCGAGAGUGCGGGCGCUCAGAUCUUGACGUGCCACAGUCGGCUUCGCGAGCAGCGAGGCCAGAGAACCGGCCUUGCAGACUGGGAGAAGAUCCGCGCGGUUAAAGAAGCCGUCUCCGUGCCUGUGUUCGCAAACGGCAACAUCCUCUUCCACUCUGACAUCGAACGCUGCCUCGUGCAGACCGGCGCAGAUGCGCUCAUGAGCGCCGAAGGCCAGCUAUACAACCCCGCGCUCUUCGUCCCCUCCGCCUCCUCUUCCGCCUCCACCUCGUCGCCUUCAGCAGCAGCAGCAGCAUCGCCACCACUAUCCUACAUCCCAUCACACGACAUCACCUCGUCCUCCCAGCAGACAGACGUUCACGCCAUAGCUCUCUCGGGUUCAUACCCGCCACACGCAGAUCUCGCGCUCGAGUACCUCGCCAUUGCACGCUCGCUCAAGACCACAACAGCACUCAGCGCUGUCAAGGGGCACCUGUUCAAGCUCAUGCGGCCCGCCCUGACGCGCGAGACGGACCUACGUGACCGGUUGGGGAGGGUGCGCUCGGAAUCGCGGAAUACCAGAGAGGGGUGGGAGGAGGUGAUCGGGAAGUACGAGGAGAUAUGUGCGGAGAUGAAGACGAGGAUGGAGGUGCCAGCUUCAGAAGCGCCCUCGACGCUCACAGAGCAGAUCACCAUCGAGCCCGUUACGGGUCUGCCGCUCAUCCCGCACUGGCUCGCGCAGCCAUACUUCCGACCGCUCCCGAUUGACGAUAAGUAUAAGGGGAAGGUGUCCAAGAUCGCGGUCAAGGAAUCGUUAGAGGUCGACGUAUUUGUUGGGAAGGCGGAGGUGGUGACUCCACCAGUCCAAGGGGAGGCGGCGUUAGGUGAGCUCACACAACGUGCUGAGUUGAAGUGA